AUGACCAGAGAAGAGUUCAUGGAGAGGAUGCCAGAAGUCCUUGGCCACGGGACCAAAGAAGAGUAUGGGGAGCUGUUUGAUAAAGUUGAUGUGGCCCGGGAUGACAGCAUCACCUGGGACAAGCUAAUCUCCUUGAUACUGUUGAACCUCAAUGAGAAAGAUGAGCAGGCCAAAUCUGCUGUGAUUCCCCAGUGGAAGGAACCUCAGCUUCUCCCAAUGAUACACAAAGACGCCAUCCAAAAAGUCAUCUUCUUGAAAAGUUCAAGCCGUUACCUGACUGUAAGCAAGGAAGGUUUGCUUGGGGUUUGGGAAGAGAAUUUAAAACUUCAAGAAAAAGUUCCUAUAACUUCAGAUGCUAUCAAGCUAAAAAACCUGUGGACAAGCCUAGUCUCUCUGGAAAAUGUAAACAAGAUAGCUGUGGCUUCCACAAGCAAAGAGAUUUGUUUCUAUGACCUGCUCUCUAAUAAAGAAUUCCCUUGUCAAUACAAGCUGCAAGGCCUUAGGAGCACACCUGCGUGCAUGCACUAUUGGUAUAACCCCCAGGAUGCUAAUGAAUCAGUGCUCACCUUUGGGGACAUAGCUGGAAAGGUUCAAGCAAUCUUCUUCAAUACAGCCUUGAUCUCCUUGUUUGAAAAGCCAGCAACGAGUUCUUCUGAAGACGAGGAAACCACGGUGACCAUUAACUGGGCAGAAUUGGUAUCUGGCUGUCACAAAUGCUGUUCAACGUUAGAGCACAGACUUCAUAAUCAGGAGUGGGUCCGGCGAGUGAUUUACGAUGCUUCUUUAGAUGCUAUAAUUUCCAGCACAACCAGCCAUGUGAACACAGUGGUACUGGCUUGGAGGGAAAAAUCCAAGCAGAAGUGGAUUAAGAAGACAUCCUUCAACAUUGCACAGGGCAUCCACACUUUUGACUACCACUCUCACCUCAAUUUAAUUGCCACAGCUGGACUCAAUCAUAGAGUCUGCCUUUGGAAUCCUUAUGUUGUCUCUAAACCCACUGGGGUACUGUGGGGUCAUUCAGCCAGUGUGAUAGCUGUGCAGUUCUUCACUGACCGAAAACAACUUUUCAGCUUCUCCAAAGAUAAAGUGUUGAGACUCUGGGACAUCCAGCAUCAGCUCUCCAUCCAAAGGAUGGCUUGUCCUUUUACAAAGAGUCAGGAGUUUAAAUGUCUCUUCCACUUUGAUGAAGCUCACGGACGGCUUUUUAUUGCCUUCAAUAACUAGCUAACAUUAUUGGAGAUGAAAAAUGAGACCAGCAAAAGGGUCACAAGCCAUGAGAAACCAGUUACUUGUGUGCUCUACAACUCAGUCUUUAAGCAGGUCAUCAGUUCUGAUACAGAAUCUACUGUUUCUUUCUGGAUGAUAGACACUGGGCAGAAAAUCAAACAGUUUACGGGUUGCCAUGGCAAUGCAGAAAUCAGCACCAUGGCCCUGGAUCCAAGCGAGAGGAGGCUUUUAACUGGGAGCCCAGAUGGUGCAAUAAAGAUUUGGGAUUUCAAUGGACAUUGUCAUCAUACCCUGAACAUGGGUCAAGAUCGAGCUGUGGAUAUUUCUCAGAUCCUAGUCCUAAAGAAGACUAUACUAGUGGUAGGUUGGGAGAGGGCAAUUACUGUCUUCCGACUUCAUGACUUCACUCCCUUUUCGGUUCAGCCUGAAGAAUGGAAAGGAGGGGCACAGCAUCGUGAGGACAUCUUAUGUGCUGCAUUUUUACCUCCACAGACUCUAGUUACAGGGAGUUAUGAUGGGGAAAUUCUCAUAUGGAAUAACAGUACGGAAAAUGCUUACCACAUCCUGCACCCAUAUUACCAACGAAGUCUCCAUUCACAGUGGGGGGAGACCAUUCUAGGAGUUAACUCCUCUGAGACUGACACCACCGAGGGAAAUCAUGCUGUUACGAGGCUUUCCUUCCUGGAAGCUAGAAAAAAUAUUACAAUGACAGGAGGAGCCAACUUGGUAUCCUGUGGAGGAUCUGGUUAUGUCAGGUUCUGGAAUAUAUUCAAGAAGCAGCUUGUGGCCCAGUUUGUGGCCCACAGUGGAGCUGGACCCAUUAUCAUGACCGUUGACAAGACAAAUCAGCACCUUGUCACAGGAGAUCCCAAUGGCUGCCUGAAGAUAUGGAACAUAGAAGAAUAUUGCCUUAAUUGCAAUGAGAGGCAAGUUUUGCAGCCUCCGCCUCUGAUAAGAUCAUUUCAACCUCAUGAGGACCAAAUCAGUUCUCUGGAGACUUGUGCAUACGGCAGCCGAGUACUGAUCAUUGCCUCUUCUGCAGAUGGCAGCGUUUCUGUCAGUGAUGUCUGGGGCUCUCUGAUUGGAGUAUUUGGUCAGAUGGAACAUUGGCGAAUUAAAAACAAUGUCCCCCUUCCUCAAAGAGAACUUCCAGCAGUUGAAGAUGUCCCAAGGGCAAUUGCUUUACUGCCCGAGGAAGGACCUUUUUUGGUCUCCACAGAACAAACUGGGUUUAAUAUGAAACAUAAAGGUGAUGCAAGCAGCAUGCUCAACCCAGAGGAAAAUAACAAUGUUGGCACAAACUCUAAGGAAAGCAUAACAUUAAAGAAAAAGACAUACAAAUUCUGCCAUGGUGGACUGAUACCAAAGUCAUCAAGUGUAUUUAGGUCAUUGCAUAUCGGAACCCUGGAGGAGGUGGCAGAAGUGAACAAACCUGAUUUCCUUGUCAACCCAGAGAAAUACUUCAGGGAAAAGCCAGAGGAGGGAUGCCCUAAAAACCUAAAGAUUGUGAGUGUGUUCAAAACCUUAAAAGCAGCAUUUGAUGAGAAAAGCCUACUCCCCAAAGAAAUUCUGGAUCGGGAACGAAAAGCCAAGCAAUUAUGCCAGGAGACAUGCAAUAGAGGAAAGAUAAAAAGAAAUCGAAAGCAAAUAUCAUUGAAAGAAAAAUAA